GGGGGGGGGGGGGGGGGGAUUUCGUGCGCCGGCAUUCAUUCGUGCUGCGCUGAGCCGUGCUCCGGCAUGGGUUGCAGAAGAUAGUGCCAGCCUUUCCUCCUCCUUUCCCACAAGAAGCACUUCUCUCGCGUGCUGUGAGUUGCAACGGCAGCAGUAUACUCGGUAAUAGCGGCAGUAUACUGUAAUACUCACCGAAGGGAAAGGAACAUUGCUCGCUCUGCGAGCCACGAAGCGAACAAGCACUGUGCAUUAUGAUGCGCCGCAGUGUACUGUCUUUUCGAAAGAUGCUGCUGCAGCUGCUGCUGCUUUCCACCGCCGGACCAACUUGUCUUGAAGGGAGGCCACUCAAUGAAGAAAGGAUUGACUCACCGUCGGCACCCAACAUCAAGAGCAGGCGGCAAGAGAUUGGAGUCCUCGGAGUUCCCAUCCAUCAAGGUCAGCGCAAGCUCGGUGUCGAAAAGGGUCCACAGUUCCUGCGCGACGCUGGACUCCUCGACAAGCUCAGAGAUCUCGGUCACAAGGUCGAGGACUUCGGCGACGUCCGCGUCGAAGGCAAGCCGAACAUCACCGAUUGCGGCGCGAUCGACUCGGACGUCGUGGGACAGACCAACAAGAACGUGCGAGACGCCGUGGAAAAGGUGCUUCGCUCGGGCCGGGUCUCGCUGAACCUGGGCGGAGACCACACCAUGUCCAUCGGCACCGUCAGCGGACACGCCAAUUCCACGGACUCGGAGGUGGCGCUCAUCUGGGUGGACGCGCACGGCGACAUCAACACACCCAGCUCUUCCACGUCAGGCAACAUCCACGGCAUGCCGCUCUCCUUUCUCGUGCACGAGCUGGCGCCGUACGUCGUGAAACCGAAAGGACUUGAGUGGGUGCAGCCUUGGUGA